AGGUAGCUGUGAAAUAUGUCUGGUGUUUCCCUCCGUGUUCACGUUAAGCUCGCGCUUCUUAUUUAAGCAAAAGUGCCCAUUUUAAGAGGCGCGUAAAAACAUUCAGCCGGGUUUGGUGUCAGAGUGGGGUUGGUAUUUUGGGUAUUUUGCAUUUCCGUUAAUGAGCAGGAGGGCGUGCUUUAAGCAAGCGGCACAACAGGUAGGCUUUCUUUUCUUUCUUUUUUUUUAACCCCCCCCACACACACCUGAGAGUGAAGAGACGGCACACGGCGCAGAUACACCAGGAGAUUCCUGACGAAAACUCUUCCUUCUUUUAACCUACACGUGAAACGUGCUUGGUUCAGAGCAGCACAGAGGAACAGCUCUCUGAGCUGGAAGAGGAGGCCGAGAUGUGGCGAAACGACAUGUACGAUUCUGUCCCCACAAAGGGCAAAGGAUCCAACGUCCGGAGUUCCAAAAGCAGUGGAGACAUCGGAUACGCUGAAGAUGAUUCUGUACUUCUGAACAGUCAAAGUACGAACAAGAUGCCUCAGCACUCCAACCUAGGGCCAUAUUUCCAGGAUGGCCAGAGGCGCGUCGAUUACAUCCUAACCUACCACGUGGACAAACUAGAGCACAUUCGCCACCACUCCUCUAGCACCUUUAAAGGGCUGAAGGACAGCCUGUGCUGCAUUGGGAAACGCAACAAGGCCAACUCCAGCCAUCACGACCCUGAGAGUGCCAGUAAUGCGCACAUCCACAGAGAAGAGUUUGAACAUAAGCUUUUAGACAUGGGACUCGAGCUGGAGAAAGAGGAAGAUGCGAAAAUUCCAGAUGUGGGCUUUCUGAAGAUCCACGCACCCUGGCUUGUUCUCUGUCGAGAAGCAGAAUUCAUGAAGCUCAAGAUGCCCACCAAAAAAAAAUACGAAGUCAGUCAAGGAAGUAGUGGUAUCCGUGCAAUAAACGCAUUUAUCCAAAGAUUGUCUGCACCGCUGACUCCCAAAAUCGAGGAGAAGUCCCCCCAGAACGAGAAGCACAUCUGUUAUCCGUUCUCCAGGGAAAAACAGCACUUGUUUGAUCUCACAGAUAGAGAUUCCUUCUUCGACAGUAAAAUCCGUGCCUCAAUCGUGUGUGAGAUCAUAAAGCGAAUAAAGUGCAUAGGAGUGAAGGAUAUCAUGGGCAUUAACACACUUCUCGCUCAUGGAGUUUACACCUCAGCCUACCCUCUACAUGAUGGAGAUAUUGAGGGUGUUGAGGCUGAACCGAAUGACAGAAAGGUCCUAUACGAGCAGUGGGCCAGAUACAGCCUCUUCUACAAAUUCCAGCCCAUCGGACUUAUCAGAAAGUAUUUUGGAGAGAAAAUUGGUUUGUACUUUGCCUGGUUGGGUGUGUACACUCAGAUGCUGAUCCCAGCAGCAGUCAUCGGUGUCAUCGUCUUCUUGUACGGCUGUGUCACUGUGGACUCGGACGUCCCCAGUAUGGAGAUCUGUGAUGAAAGGAACAACAUCACCAUGUGCCCACUGUGUGAUCGCGCAUGCAGCUACUGGAAGCUGGUGGAAGCCUGCGGCACUGCCAGGGCCAGCCACCUGUUUGACAAUAUGGCCACCGUCUUCUUCUCCAUCUUCAUGGCGCUCUGGGCCACAAUGUUCAUGGAGCACUGGAAGAGGAGACAGAUGAGGCUUAAUUACAUCUGGGACCUGACUGGCUUUGAAGAUGAGGAGAGCCAACCGCGGCCAGAGUACGAGUUCAGGGUCAGACUGAAGAGGCAGAGGAAAGAAAGGAACAGUGGUGAAGGUCUGAAGCAUGGAAAUCACAAGCUGACAUGCAAAGACAGGAUGCCAGCUUACAUGACCAUCCUUAUGAUGAUGCUCUUCAUGAUUUGCGUGACCUUCGCCAUCGUAUUUGGAGUAGUGCUGUACAGGAUUUCUAUCAAGACAGCGCUACACAUGAGCUCCUCCUCUCCAUUUCGUUCAAACAUUAGGGCCACGGUGAAAACCACGGCGGCUGUCAUCAACCUCAUCAUCAUCAUCAUCAUGGACGAGAUCUACGGGAUGGUGGCGCGCUGGCUCACGGCUCUGGAGGUGCCCAAGACAGACAAAAGCUUUGAGGAGAGGCUGAUUUUCAAGGCUUUCGUCCUGAAGUUUGCCAACGCCUUCACUCCAAUUGUCUACCUGGCUUUCUUCAGAGGCAGGCUCAUUGGGCGGCCAGGCAACUAUUUCUACGUUAUCGGGAAUUACCGAAUGGAGGAGUGCGCUCACGCUGGCUGCCUGAUGGAGCUGUGUAUUCAGCUGUGCAUCACCAUGCUUGGCAAGCAGCUGAUCCAGAACAAUCUGUUUGAGAUUGGCAUUCCUAAACUGAAGAAAUUGUUUCGGCGCCUUAAGUCAAAGAGAGACUCUAAAAAAGAAGAGGAGUUUCAGAGAACCCUGGCCCGCCAUGAGAAAGACCACUUCCUCGACCCCUAUGUUGGCCUUAAUCCAGAGUAUAUGGAGAUGAUGAUCCAAUUUGGAAUGGUGACCCUGUUUGUGGCCUCCUUCCCUCUGGCUCCUCUGUUUGCGCUCCUGAACAAUGUGAUCGAGAUCCGACUCGACGCCAAGAAAUUCGUCUCGGCGUACAGAAGGCCCAUUGCGGCUAAGGCCAAAGACAUUGGCAUCUGGUACAACCUUUUGAGAGGACUGAGCAAAGUAGCAGUUAUUGUGAAUGCGUUCGUGAUCUCCUUCACUUCAGAUUUCAUCCCCCGACUGGUUUAUCAAUACGUGUACAGUCCUGACGGGACGCUUCACGGCUUCGUCAACCACUCCCUCUCCUAUUUCAACGUCACCGACUUUCAGCCGGGAACAGACCCGGUGGAGCCGAUGUUCCUGGGCUACAAAGUGGAAGUUUGCAGGUAUAAGGAUUACAGAGAUUCCCCAUGGGCAGGUACGCCAUAUGAGCUUUCAAGAGAAUUCUGGAAUAUUCUGGCAGCACGGCUUGCGUUUGUCAUCGUCUUUCAGAAUGUGGUGAUGCUAAUGAGUGACUUUGUCGACUGGCUAAUCCCAGACAUCCCCAAAGACAUCAGCUUGCAAAUUCACAAGGAGAAGAACUUGAUCGUGGAGCUCUUCAUGAAAGAGGAACAUGGAAAGAGGCAUAGGGGAAAGCGAAAGAGCAACCCCAGUCCCCAGGCACACACUCGAACACCUCUGAAUGUCCAAAUCAACAACCACUAGUCCACGUGCCCGAGUGGGGACGAAUACGUCUUUCCCUGUAGUACGACAGAGGUUUGUAUGAAUCAAGACAAACCAGUUUGUGUGAAAGUGUGAAGGUUACAAGGGUUUAAGGUGAAAUGGUACAUUAGAAGAAGUGCAGCUCGCUGACUGGAGUCAGACACAAGAGAGACUGCCUGAUUAUGAUCACAAGAGAUGCCCCAUGACUGCCAUAUACCUUGCAGCUUAGCUUUUCUUUCCGUCUAGGUUACUUCAUGAACACGUAAACGAAACACAGACCCUUUUUUUUUUUUCUUCUGGAAAUUCUGAAGGUUUUUACUGUUUGUGUGUCAUAAUAACGUUUUCUAAGUAGUCAUUAUUGUUGUGUGUCUCAUUUUAACGAAAAGCUCACUUUUAUUUCAGUGCUUUUAUAUUGAUUUUAUUUAACUACUCAGUCAAAACAACAUGAACAUGUCCUCAUUUAUCCUGCUCCAAGUUUGUUCACAAUUGUUUAACGUUUUCAUAAUAAAUGUAUCGUAACACCACUAUGCGCAAGGUCAUGCUUGGUGAAGCUACAGUGCUGGAAGAAAUGAACGGUAACUUUUUUUUUAAUUUUUGGUUUUAGUUUGCUUGCGAAUAAAAAUGAUAGUGUUAUUGCAUAAUGCUGAGAACGAUAGACAAUUCUGGCCCCUUAACCUUUACUGUAAAAUAUAACUGACUGAUUCUGACUAGCGUCACGCUUGAUGGCGAACUUGACGUGUAAUAUAAAACGGCUGCGGUGCGUAAAUGUGCUGCUGAUCACGCUGUAGUUAGUAAAAUAAGAGGAAACCGAUUUAGAUUUUCUGCUUGGUCUUUUUAAAUACAUUUCAGUAGAAACACGCAUAAUCUCUUUCAAGGGUUAUACUAGACUAGAUGGCAUUAAAACAAAUAAUUAGGUGCGUUCAUUAGGUGCAUAAAUGUUUUUGUAAUUCUGAAAAUAUGUCUGCUGUCUUAUCAAGUAUGGAUAACUAUGAUGUUUUGUUUUGUUUUUUUGUUUGUGGUAGAAGAUAGUGGACACAAUAUCUGCAGCUCAAGAGGCCUUAACAUAUAUGUUGCUUUCUGAAAAUGGUUGUACUUUUUACUUAGUUUGUCGGAUCAUAAGUGGUUUGAUUCUGAGGAUCAACGCCUCGGUACUAUGACACACACACACACACACACACACACACACACACACACACACAUACACGCACACACACCUGUUUAAAGUCUCCUCUCUUGUCUUGACUGUUAAUAUUGCAUGUGCAUCUCUAUGUCUCGUAAAACUUGUACUUAUACUCUUGUACUCAGAUUUCACACGUUUUAUCUGUCGAUAGCUGUCUCUUCUCAAAAUUGAAAGAACAAUAAUUGAAACCUCCAAACUUCUGAACUCUUUGAUAUCCAUUUUUAAGGACUGUUACUUCUCAACCACGGUGUACUGUAUAUCAACAAUGCAUACACCUCUGUGAGAAAGGAUUUAUUGAUGUCUUUAUAAAACUUAUUUAAUAUGUAGGACUUGGCUUCAUUCUUCAAAAAUGAUAAAGGCAACAUUGGAAAUCUGUCCCGAUCCAAUAAACUUGCUAUAAGCACACGGAA